AUGGCUCGGCUUGAAGGUGACCGCCGCCUACCAUAUCAACGCCCCUCUGAAGAAUGCCGAACCUUCCGCUCUUGGGUUAUCGAAAAGGUCAUCGAGGACGUUACCUCGAGGAUGAGCGACCCUGACCUAGCGCGCCUAUUUGAGAACACGUUCCCUUCAACCACCGAUACCACCAUCAAAUUUCAUAUAGAUGACAAGUGGCUUGGGGUCAUGGACGUAGAGGCUGGAAUGCCUCAAAGCGAGGGGAAGUGGCAAGGCCCUCACACCUUUGUCAUCACUGGUGAUAUUAACGCGGAAUGGCUCCGGGAUUCUACGAACCAACUGGCUCUAUACCACCCCCUUGCCAAUCUUGAUCCUAGUCUACGGACCAUGCUUCUCGGUGCCAUCAAUACCCAGUCAGACCUGACACCUACUUCUAACGGCCAAGACGAUACCGUGCACCCCGCGUACGAACCUAGCUUUGUCUUCGAAUGCAAAUAUGAACUAGACUCACUAGCUCAUUUUCUCGCCCUUGGUAACCGCUUCUACGAGAAUACUGGGUCGGCAGAGUUCGUUAACCCUCGGUGGGUCGUUGCCCUCGAAACAAUACUCCGCCCGCACAUUGGCGUCAAUAAUGCUUGGCCAAUGAGCCUUUUAAUCCAGGCCCAGACAUCAGAGGAUGACGAGGAAAUCGAGGGAUGCCUUCAACUUGUCCUCCAAUCCGCGCGUCUAGGCCUGAUGCACGAGAGUGUUGAUGUGAAUCACAUUGCCUCAUAUACAAGGUGUAAUGGGGUGUUUGCGGCAACGAUCCUCGAUCUGGCGCGGAGGAAGCCUCAUAUCAUUUUUACUCACCCUACUCGUUAUGAUGGCCCGACACCGACUUAUCAGACGCCUUCGUGA